CUUGGUUUACUAUUCGCCAAGACCCACUUCAGCUUUUCCUCUUACCAAUCACCGUGUUUCUUCAAUCUCUCUCGUCUCUGCGCAGUUCCUUUUCGUGAACUGGGUCGUACCCCCUCUAGCCUUGACUCUUGACCCAGAAGCCAACCCUGAAGAUGGAAGCCGGCGGAGGGCAAAGCGGGAGUGAUCGUGCCUACCCAAGUUCCCCUUCUCUGCGCAGGAGCUGAUCGAAGGGGAAUUCUGCUGAUUUGGCUGCUGAGCAGGCACAGCUCACGGUGGUGUUUCUGGGUGCUGAAAAGAAAAGCAGAGGAGGGAUUCUGCAGCAUAUCUGCCCUUCAAGAUGUAUGAUCUGUUUGAAGUCCAAAAGCUGUUGCAGGAUGAAUAAAUCUGAUUUAAUUAUUGUUUGCAUCUCUGUUGGUCCUGCCCUUGGCAUUUUGAUAGCUCUGCUCGUAUGCUUCGGCGUAAGAUGGUACAAGAAACAUGCUCAUCUUCGACGAUGUGCGAAUGAGCGUAGUAUAACCACCCUUCCCAUACGCAUGAAUGGAUCAGACGCAAGCACUGACUUCAGUGCGUCAUUGUCAAUCUCAAUAGCCAAUGGGGCAUCUGAUAACCACCAGAAGAAUUCUCCUUUUAACUGGCGGGGCCCCCAGAACAAAGAAUGGCUUGCAUCUGCAUCAGGCAUACCCCAAUAUUCUUACAAGGACAUACAAAAAGCUACACAAAACUUCACUACUGUCAUAGGACAAGGUUCCUUUGGUCCUGUAUAUAAAGCUGUAAUGGCAGCUGGGGGAAUCCUAGCCGUCAAGGUGCUUGCCUCUGAUUCAAAACAGGGUGAAAAGGAGUUUCAAACAGAGGUGUCUCUGCUCGGUAGAUUGCAUCAUAGGAACCUUGUAAAUUUGGUGGGCUAUUGCAUUGAUAAAGGGCAGCACAUGUUGAUUUAUGAGUUCAUGAGUAAUGGAAGCUUGGCAAAUCUUCUUUACAAUGAAAAGGAAAGGGUUUUGGAUUGGGAAGAAAGGCUUCAAAUUGCUCUAGACAUAUCGCAUGGAAUUGAAUACCUUCAUGAAGGGGCAGUCCCACCUGUCAUACAUCGUGACCUAAAAUCUGCAAACAUAUUGCUAGACCGAUCCAUGAGAGCUAAGGUAGCUGAUUUUGGUCUAUCUAAGGAAGAGGUAUUUGAUGGACGAAAUUCUGGCCUGAAAGGUACAUAUGGCUACAUCGACCCAACAUACAUAUCCACGAACAAAUUCACAAUGAAGAGUGACAUAUACAGCUUUGGUGUCAUCAUCUUCGAACUCGUUACAGCAAUUCACCCCCACCAAAACUUGAUGGAAUAUAUCAAUCUCGCUUCGAUGAGUGCAGAUGGUGUUGACGAAAUACUCGAUAAGCGACUGGUCGGAGAAUGCAAUCCCGACGAAGUGCGACGACUAGCUAGCAUCGGUCACAGAUGCCUGCACAAAUUACCGAGAAAACGGCCUUCAAUAGGGGAAGUUUCACAGGCUAUAUUGAAGAUAAAGCAGAGGCGCCUCGUUAAAAACGAUGAAGCGUCUUUUGCAAUAUCAGAUAUAUCCAGAACUGUAAGCUUAAUAGAGGACCGGCAGGUGGAGCUGAGUCAGAUGGCCAGCAUGAAGGAGAGAGAUUGAACUAUCGCUUCUUUGUUCUCCCCUCCUGGUUCAUCACUUCUUUUCUUCCUUUGUUUCUUCGUUUCUCUUGUUUUUGUUUUUCUGUUCUUUUUUCCCUUUAAUUUUCUGGUUUCUAUUAGCAUCCUCGUCUGGUCUUAUUUUCAGCAAGCUUUGCCAUAGCGUAGAGAAACAAGGAUGUAGGUAGGUAGAUGCCGAUAAGCUUUUCUACACUAGAUGAAGUUAAUCAAAACCGAGCGGUGUAGAUGACGAUCCAUGAUGCUUAAGUGAGCUCAACAGUCUAGUUCUUGCAAGGCAUAUUGCAUUUUGCUGUGUC